CUUGAUAAAUCAACAUGGGCAGAGACAACAGAGUCCACUAUCUUAGAAAGCAAUCAUGGGCAACUAAGAGCAACAAAUUCAGAAAAGUAAAAACUCCAGGAAGAAGGAUUACCAUUCAAUACACGGCAAAGAAAUGCAAGGGACCACAGGAGGGUGUUACUGGUUUGUUGCCAGGACCAUUGGCUGGUAUCCCCCACCUCAGACCAGGUGCUUUCAGAAGACUAAACCACAACGCCAGAACCGUCUCCAGACCAUAUGGAGGAGUCCUCUCUCACAGAACCGUAAAAGAUAAAAUUGUGAGAGCCUUCUUGAUCGAAGAGGCCAAACUCCUCAAGAGAUUAAUGAAGGAGAAAGCUGGAAAAGACUCUAAGCCAAAGAAGUCCAAGAAGAAGGAUGCCAAGAAGGACGCCAAGAAGGGAAAGAAAGGAAAAAAGUCUAAGAAGUAAAUAGCUCAUUAUUGUAUUCUCAAGACAAAAUUAUUAUACUCCUG